AUGUUUUCCGUACAGAAAAACUAUUCGAGACUCUUCAGGCCAUGGAUCAUGAGUUAUAGUAAAACAGGUGACGUCUGUGAUCAAACUGACGCAGCUGAAGACAAGAAAAGGAAUUUUGAAGAGAAGAGAGAAAGUCGUGUCAGGAAAAUUAGGGAAACGUUCAAGACAGCAGAAUCAAAUUUACAUCAAGACGCAACUGUGUCCACAACUACCGUUGAUGCUGAUGACGACAAAAAAGCUGAUCCGGUGACAAGUCUUAGUCUAUGCUGCGACAGACUACUCCAAGAACCUGAAGAGGAAAAGAAAAAUACAAAACAUGAAAUUAAACAGGAAAACAAAACAGUAACGAAGCCAUUACCAUCAGACAAUUGCAUGCCGCCGCCUAACGCAUUUCCUCCACCAAACAUGUAUGGUUCAUCGUUUGUUCCUGAAUAUCUACCUACAGCAGACAUUGCACACGCAUUAGGAGUUCCACCUUCAGAUCCACUGUUGCUCGAAUCUCUAGCUCAAGGAUACGCCAUGGAGCUGGAGUACGCGAGAAUUAUUCAGCAAGAAAAUGAAGCUAAGCUAUUGAACGCUAGAAAACAGCGACCUAAGAAAUACAAAUGCCCUCAUUGCCAAGUGGGGUUCUCCAACAACGGGCAACUAAAAGGCCAUAUUCGAAUACAUACUGGAGAAAGGCCUUACAAAUGUGACGAGAAGAAUUGUGGUAAGACGUUUACUAGGAAUGAGGAGUUGACUAGACAUAAGCGGAUUCACUCCGGCGUGCGACCGUUUCCUUGCCCGACGUGUGGAAAAAAGUUUGGGAGGCGAGAUCAUUUGAAAAAGCAUACAAGAACGCAUUAUAUGCAAGCAGAGAGGAUGAUGCCGGUAUUUGUGCCACUCUCCGCCGUGCCACACGUUGCCGGAUUUCCAUAUUUGUACGGCUAUUAA